AUGAGCGAACUGAAUAAUAUGAACAACGAUUCCGUCAGAUGUUAUAAUAACGUCUGUCAAUUAUCUUAUUCGGAUGACUUCAAUUUUGAUGACACCAAUACAAUUCAAAUGCCUAUAGAUUUGCUUGUCUCAUCUCAUACUCAAGAUUUCCAUCCCCCUGUUAUCUCCUUUCCUCUCCCCAAUAAUGUCGAUAUAACGUCUCCUACUAUGAAUACUGUGGACUACGGAAAUACAGGCUAUUCUACAUCAUAUCAAGAUAAUCCUUCAGAUUCUUAUUAUUACACCCAUCCGAGUAACGUUGACACGAUGGAUGGGCAGUUGAAUAUACCCUGCCCACCGGCCCGUUAUGAUCAUGUCGAAAUACCCGCAAAUGGUUCUUGGCCGCUCCCAGGAUCUUUUCAGAGACUCCAUGGCUCCUCCGUCCAGUAUCCUGAUACGACGACUCCCGGUCUGACUAAUAAUUAUUUGCAACAUCUCGGCACGAUUGACAAUACAUCUAUUGCGUAUAUGCUUACACAAAUGCCUCCUCCGCAAACGUCACUUUCAUCUAAUGUAAUGAACGAGCCUGCAAGCACCGAGUAUAUUGUUAUGAAAGUGGAGUAUACUCGAAUAUCUGCUGCUGACAUUGACAGAAUAUUGGCUGUAUCUCGAGAGUGA